CGUCAUAACCAAGCGACUUGUCAUGCUGCGCUCAUUUUGACAUUCCGAAUGAAAAGGAUAGAUAUACUGGGAAAAAUAAAAUGUUUCAGUACAUAUUUAACGCUCAAAUUAUUUGACAUACAACUUGCUUAUCUUACAUUUUGAACUGCAAACGAAGGUUUACCCAUAAUGAUGUGGCCGAAGUUUACCAGGUUGACAACCAUUGUGAAUCUACGGAUAUGUCACUAUGGCAACCUAACAACACUGAUACCUCACAUCAGAAGUGUCUCUCAGGGCUCCUCCUACCUGGACACCAGGACUCACAGCAUCCGGCCUCUCUGCUGCCGGUCACCCCUCUUAGCUGGCCAUGCCUCCAUCACACCGACCCUGGGGCUGGAGCCCAGAAGAACUAUAACCACAGACCGACCGAGCUGGUAUGAGAGUGUUGCAGACUCUACCCCCGUGUACCUCACAGAGCAGCUCCUUGUGUCCACUCAACAGAUGACGGGUCUGCCGUGGUGGGCCAGCAUCAUGUGCACGACGCUGGCCCUGCGUACCGCCAUCACUCUCCCCCUGGGGAUCUAUCAGUCCAUCAUCAUUGCAAAGGUUGAAGCUCUGCAGAAGGAGAUAGCUGUGUUGGCUCGCCAGUUACGCUUUGAGAUCUCUGUUAAAGCCAAAGAGAAGGGCUGGUCAGAGAAAACAUGCAGGUUCCAUUUCAAGAAGAACCUGAAACGAAUCGUGUCUGAGCUUUAUGUUCGGGAUAACUGCCACCCAUUCAAGGCCAGUUUGCUGAUCUGGGUCCAGCUGCCCAUGUGGGUUUGUCUCUCACUGGCCUUGCGUAAUCUCAGCCUGGGAAUGGGACAUGUUCCCCUUGCAUCAGAUGCAGGUUUGGCAACAGGUGGCGCUCUGUGGUUCCCUGACCUCACUCUCCCAGACUCUACCUGGAUCGUGCCAGUUUCUCUUGGCCUCAUCAAUUUGCUUAUCACAGAGAUAUUCGCCCUCAGACAGCUAGAGCCUUCAAAGUUUCAAAAGUUUGUGACUAACUUCAUUAGAGGAAUUUCUCUGGUGAUGAUUCCUAUAGCCGCCACAGUCCCGUCUUCCAUGUCUCUGUACUGGCUCUGCUCAAGUUGUGUUGGCCUGGCACAUAACCUGCUCCUGAGAUCCCCUCGCUUCCGGGGCGUCUGUCGGAUCCCUCCAACACGUUCAGACUCUGAAACGCCAUACAAGGACAUUGCAGCUGCAUUUGCAGCCAAAUACAUCAAAUAGAUGGAUGUGGACGUGGCAAAUUAGAUCAUCAGCUACUGAACGGAACGAGUGGAUGCCUGUGAAUAUAGUGGGAAUUCAUCCAACAUGACACUGUAACCAGAAGAAUAUGGCAGAACAAAUGCAAGUCAGAUGUGUUUAUUAAAAUCUGCUUUGUAGUAAAAUGUAAGGAUAAUGUUAAAAUGAAAGUUAAUAGUGAAAAAAGGAACAAGUCUGCAAUUUUUGCUAAGGCCAACAUUACUUGUUCACACUUUGGCUUACGAUUCUGUCCUGGUAGAAACAAAUGUCAAAUUCUUUAGAGGAAAAAAGUGUAAGGGUUGUUAUAAAAUAGUUUUUUAAAUAUCUUUGUGUAGGUGUGCAAUGUAUACACUACCUUUCAAAAGUUUUUUUUAAUGUUUUUGAAAGAAGUCACUUAAGCUCAACAAGGCUGUCUUUAUUUAAUCAAAAAUACAUUGAAAACAGUAUUAUCUCUACGAUCAACUUUGCUUUUGGGAAAUGCAGCCUUGGCCUCUUUUGACUUGGGACACUUGCGACCAUUUAGAAAACCCUCGCAACCACCAAAAACUUCUAAUCCAUUAGUGAACACGUUUGCACAAAUAAAAUAAAAAUAAAAAAAACAACUUUCCAU